AUGGUUACUUUUUUGUCUACUCAAACUCAAGGCCCAUCUGUCUCAUCUGCAAAGCCAGCGUGGCCAUACCAAAGAAGGGCAAUCUGGAACGACAUUCCUGCUAAAACACUGCUACGCUCUCGGAAAGUGCGGGAUUUGAAGAGUCAGCUUGCCGCACAGCAGUCUGUUUUUACUAGACCAAACACCAAGGGUAAGGCUGCAACAACGGCAUCUUAUCGAGUUAGUCAUGUUCUUGCGAAACACAAGAAGUCGUUCAAGGACGGCGAAGUUGUUAAGGAAGCCUUUAUCGAGGCUGCUGAUGCACUUUUUGGCGAGUUUAAAAACAAAACAGAGAUCGUUACCGCCAUCAAGGACAUGCAGUUAUCACGGAAUACUGUCACACGACGCUGCGAGGGAAUGGCAGAGGAUGUUGAAUCACAGCUGAAGAAUGACAUCGAUGCAUGUGAGUGUUUCUCCCUCCAGUUCGAAGAAUCAACUGACGUGGUGGAUGUGGCACAAUUAUGUGUUUUCAUCAGAAUGGUUUUUGAAGACAUGCAUGCAAAAGAAGAGCUACUCACGAUUUUGCCAUUGAAAGGACACACAAGAGGUGUAGAUAUUUUCAGCACUUUCAUGGACUUUGUUAAAAAGAACAAACUGCCCCUCUUCAAGCUCAUCUCCAUUACAAUUGAUGGUGCACCAGCUAUUGUAGGCCGAACUAAUGGGUUCAUUGCAUUGUGCAAACAGAGUGAAUCUUUCCCAGACAUCCUUAAUUAUCAUUGUAUUAUCCACCAGCAAGCAUUGUGUGGGAAGAUUUUAAACAUGAAAGAAGUGAUGGAUGUUGCUAUGAAGAUAGUGUGCUCUGUUCGGGCCAGGAGUCUACAGAGAAGGUUAUUCCGUGCUCACCUGGAGGAGACAGGCGCAGAACACAUCGACCUGCUGCUUCACACAGACGUGAGAUGGCUCAGCACAGGUAAAUUCUUGGCAAGGUUCACAGAGUUGUUACCUGAAAUUAAAGACUUUCUGAAGCUUUCAAAGCACACAGAAUAUGCACAGCUGGAGGACUCCCAGUGGCUUUUGGACUUAUCAUUCCUGACAGAUAUCACUGAAAUGCUCAAUGAUUUGAAUCUAGAACUCCAGGGUCAGGAUAAACAUGUGAUCAACAUGAUCAGUUCGGUGAACACAUUCAAAAGCAAGCUGCAGCUGCUUUCAAAUAGGCUGCAACGCUGUGACCUGCGAAACUUUCCUCACAUGCAAGCAGAACUUCAGCGUCAGGGCAAAAACUCUGCACAGCUUGAUGGAGCCCGUUAUGAAAAGCAAGUUCAGAGCAUCCUGUCAGAAUUUGAGAGGCGUUUUACUGACUUUGCCUCCAUUGAGCCUGUUGCCAGUUAUCUGUGUUAUCCUUUUUUGGAGGAUAUUGAUGUGCUUCAAAAGGCAACACCUGGUACAAAAGGAGACUUCUGGCACCUACUCCUGGAACAAAAGUAUCCCAACCUAAGAAGACGUGCCUUCAACCUGACAGCACUUUUUGGAUCAACCUAUUUGUGUGAGGCUGCCUUCUCUCACAUGAAGAUCAUCAAGUCCAAGUACAGGUCCACAAUGACAGAUGACCACCUUAUGGCCUGCCUGAGACUUGCAACCAGCUCCUACUGCCCUGACUAUGAGAAACUAGCUUCCUCUUCCCAGUGCCAGAGGUCACACUAA